AUGGAGGCCUCCAUUCGCGAGCCUAAUAUCAAGUACUUCACCCGUUUGGUUCAGUGUGCAGCCAAGUACGGCGAUGACUUGUGUAUGAGCGCAACAAGCGAGUCUUGCGACCUCAUCGUAACCAACUCGACCAAGUCUGCUUACGUGUGCUUUGCGCUUGAACCGGCCUUCUUCUCGCGGUACAAGGGUUCAGGCAGCGCGGCCGAGCAGCGGCGCGGCGUCAAGUGCCAGCUGUACGCCAAGGCAUCGUCCGUGAACACUGUGGAGCGCGUCGACCUCAAAAUAUUUGACCCCGAGGGCGGGCUGCGAGCGCGGACAGAUCACAGCGAUGAGGACUCAGACGACGACAUUCGUGUCGCGUCGCGAACCGCACAUCUCGAGCUCAAGCUUGUAUACCACCAUGGCAAGCCCUCCCGGAAGAAGUUGCAGCUGACAUCAGGUAUUACAAAGAAGCACAUCCUUCACCUUCAUCCCAGUGAAGGUCUGCGUGUUGUUGUUGACACUGAGUCACAGCCUUCCGGCUUUCUCGUGUCAGCGCGUACCUUGCGCGACUGGCUCGACCAUUUCUCAAUCGCAUUCACGUCGAGCACAUCCAGCAACGGCCUGGUGCGCGGUGACUCGCAUCUGGCAUGGCAGUUCACCCAGGGCCACGUUAAGAUCAAAAACUAUGAAACAGCCACUACAAGUAUGCUCGCAACGGAAGUCACGCUUGAUGUCCGCGACUUCGGUCAGUACAUGCUUGAACAAGACGUCGUGGAGUUGUCGCUGCCCAUGCGCGAGUUCAAGGGUACCCUGCAGCUCGCGGAAUCGCUCGGCAUGGAUCUUGACUUCUGGUUUUCCGAGGCAUCUCAGCCUAUGGCCAUGACCUCGACUUUCCUCGGCAAUGAUCGCUUCGGCAAUGAGACGACGCUGUUCAAGAUCUUCUGCGCUCUCGCCACCACUCAGACUGACGCAUUCAGUGGCGCACCAGUGCCCGCCAAUGGCACCCUGCGCGAGCGUGCACCGGCCAACGACCUGGCCUCUAGGCGGAGCCAGAGCACUGCAGUGAAGAGUGAGCGGAGCGAGUCGGUAGCCAGUGAUCGAGGGCCUAAGCCCAACACGGCUUCACGCCGCACCUCGGCUCGACCACGCGCGAGCCUGACCAUGACAUUGGAACCGGAACGGCCGCCCCCGAUGGUCACCGUCGUCGGAGGUGGCAUGUUCUCGGCAUCGCAGAGUGGUGGCCCGGAUCGACCAGAGCCACUGUUUCAGCCCGGCCCAUCGCAGGCCAGCUUGCCGUCCAUGUCCCAGCGCUUGACGCAGCAAGAGGUACUUGACUUGGCGGGCCUGGGUGACCUUGACCUUGAAGCGAUGCUGGACGAUGAUAAUGACGACAUGGACGACAUGGGCGACAUGGGUGAGCAUCCCGAGGUGCCCCGGGGCGGGGACAUUCCGAGCGGCUGGGAAGACAUCGAGGCCGACUUCAACAACAUCCCGACACAGCGAAUGUCGACUCAGAAAGACGACAUUGCGGCGGCGCAACAGCAGGCCUCGGGCAACUCUUCGAGCAUAUCACAACGCCAGUUUAGCUUAUUGCACGGCGGGUCAGGCUCAGAGAGCAUACGCCCAGUCGAGCCGAGCCGAGGCGGAACUUCGCUGGACACUGAGUCGAUUACGCGGACGGCUUCGCACGAACUUAGCGCGGGGUCUAAGCUUUCUCGCGAACUGAGCCGCACCGAGCCGAGCGGCGUGGGGAGGGGGCUCAAGCCGCCACUCAAGCCAAGCGGCCCCGAUAAUGCCCAGGGGCUUCAGCACGAUCCAAGUCGUGAAAUCAAUGUCGGUAUGGCGCUCCCGGAGAAGCGCAGCGUCAUCGACUACGGCGGUAGCCGCCCGGGCUCUCGCGAGCUCACCCCCCAUGAGAACAAUCGCCCGUCUAACAGGCGCAACUCGAGUGGCGGCCGCGACUCCAACUCCAACUUCCAACCUGACCCCACAUUCUUUGGCGAUGAGACUGUGUUGAGUGACGACGAGUUGGGUCCUACACAGGUGCCGAGCGGUCGAGUGUUCGAGACGCUGUUCGACGACUAG